ACUUCGGAGUGUCCAGAACCGAAGUCUCUUGGUGCGCCAAAGGGGGGUGGGAGUGGAAGUGUCAGGAAGAGACGGCGAAGGCAGCCGCGGGGAAAAGGAGAAGAGAGAAGAGAAGACGGGAAAGGCAACGAGGGCGGGCGGGGGGGGUGAGGCAGCGACUUUACGUGAGCUAGCCAGGCAGGAUCUACACAAGGAGUUUCGAGGCGCCCUGCAGGCGCAUGCAAGCACCUUCAGGACACCUUCACUACGCUUCGUAGAUCCUGCCCCAUUGAUUGCAGCUUUCAAUUCAAUCCCCACAUGGAGCCGAGGGAGGUGAGCACUAAAAGCAUGAGGAAAAGGAGAUCCUGGGAGCAGACCAAAGAGGAAGAGGAGCCACAGCAAGUACCCAGUGGGGAGGACAAAUGCCUGGACAUCAUCACUGCCCACAUCGAAUGGAAGAGGCACAUGGAGGUGACAAAGUCGGAGGUGCUGGCGCAGGUGCACGCACAACUCAACAAGCUCCUGGACAAGGCUUUGGAAGAAGCAGCGCACACCUUCCCCCAGCGUUUGAAGAAGGGCCCAGGAAAAAAGCAGAGCAGAGAGAAGGAGAAGGUACUGGAGAAGCAGAAAGUCUUUGUUGACCAACAGUCAUUGCUUGAUGAGCUGCUGGAAGUAGAACACUUCCGCACCAUCUACCACAUGUUUGUGGCCAUGUUCUGUGUCUUUGCUCUCAGCACAGUUGUUGUGGAUUUCAUUGAUGAAAGACGCCCUGUCCUGAACUUCAAUCUCUUCAUCUUUGCUUUUGGACAGCUGCCCACGGCCCUCACAGCCUGGCUUUGCAUGUUCCUCUAUACCUUGCUGGUGCCCUACAAGGCCCUGCAGCUGUGGGCCACCUCCUUGAAGACCGUCAGGUUCCCCAAGCUCUUCACCGUCGCCAUGGCUGCGGUGCUGCUGGCCUGCCAUGCUGCUGGUUUGGGCUUCUGUCCCAUCUAUACUGCUGUCUCCUACCGUUUGGGGCCUGCCUCCCGCUUCAUCGUCAUUCUUGAGCAGAUCCGGUUCCUGAUGAAAAGCCACUCCUUCUUGCGGGAAUCUGUGCCUCCCAUCCUCCAGUCCACGUCACAAGACGGGAAAGUACACCCACCUGAAUUCUCAACUUACCUGUAUUUUCUCUUUUGCCCUACUUUGAUCUACAGGGAGAACUACCCAAGGACACCAUAUGUGCGUUGGACGUAUGUCAUCCAGAACUUUGCUAAGUUCCUUGGCUGCGUGUUUUAUUUGCACCUCAUCAUGGUGCACCACUGCGUCCCCGUCUUCACCAACUUGAGCAAACAGCCCUUCACCGUCAAGACCCUGGUGCUCUCCAUCUUCAAUGCAACGUUACCAGGGAUGGUUUUGCUGCUGGCGUGCUUCUUUGGUUUACUGCACUGCUGGCAAAAUGCCUUUGCGGAGAUGCUGCGCUUUGCAGACCGAACCUUCUACAAGGACUGGUGGAAUUCCACUUCAUUCUCGACAUACUAUCGAAAGUGGAAUGUGACUGUACAUGACUGGCUCUACUGCUAUAUCUAUCAGGACUUCCUGUGGCUGCUUAGAGGGAAAGGCCGGGCUGUGGCGAUGCUCUCUGUCUUCAUUGUGUCGGCUGCUGUCCAUGAAUACAGCUUCACCUUGUGCUUUGGCUUCUUCUACCCCGUCAUGUUCACUCUCUUUGCUAUCUUUGGAGUGAUCUUUAACUUCAUCCUCAACGAUAAGAGAACGAGCCCCGUCUGGAACGUCCUCAUGUGGAUCUUCCUCUUUGUGGGCCAAGGAAUCCAGGUCUGCUUGUACUGCCAGGAGUGGUACGCCCAAAUCGAUUGCCCACUCAAGGAGAGGACCUUCUGGGGAAUAGUGACCCCACGUUCCUGGUCGUGCCGAACCUAGGCCACUACCUCCACACCAACAAUCUUUUGGAAAGUAACCUCAACUUGCAGCUUGUUAUAGUUUCUGGCUUUCAAGUGUCAUGGACAAAGGCUAAGAAACGUAGUACCUGACAAUGUGCCUGCCAGAAGGCAGAUCUAAGAAUCUCCAUGCUGCGUCAGACCCAUGGUUCCUCUCAGUGCUCGAAUUAUAUAUGGGGAAGGUGUGUGUGUGUGUCCAUGUCUUAAUGAGAAUUCACAAACCCCAUCCCCUGGAUCUUUUCAACUCAUUGAGAGCCAGUGUGUGGUGUAGUGGUUAGAGUAGGGUGACCAUAUUUUGGAAAUCAAAAAGGAGGACAAUAGGGUGCCCCCCCCAGGGGAGGCAUGUCCAGCCCACUUGAACAUAGCCUCAGUCACAUGUCUGAUUUUAUAGCACACAAUUAAGACAAACUUGUUCUACACAAUAUCUUAAUGUUAAAAUCACUGAAAUAAAGAACAACUGAGACAUUC